UGGAGCUACGUGUUUGAAAGUGGCGGGCAGGAACAACAUCUCUUUUCAUGGGAAAGGACUAACUAAAGUUUACCAAGUAAGACGCAAUAAGAAGCAACAUUUUAAAGUAAACCUUUAAUGAAGUGUCCGAUGUCAGUGCUCCUCGCUAUCACUCAGAACCACUGAAUGCAGGUUUCGUGAUAUUUGAACACUGGGGGAAACGCGAAAAGGUAUCUGUUGGCGUCUUGCAUCAUGGCGAAUGAGGAUGCAAAGGUGAUUCCAGUGCGGGUUGCCUUGCGAUGUCGCCCGCUGGUGCCAAAAGAAAUUAAUGAGGGAUGUCAGUGUUGUCUCACUUUUGUCCCUGGGGAGCCACAGGUGAUUGUUGGCACGGAAAAGGCAUUCACCUAUGAUUAUGUAUUUGACCCCAGUGUCGAACAAGAAGAGAUCUUUAAUAUAUCUGUGGCUCCCUUGUUGCGUGGGCUUUUCAAAGGCUAUCAUGCCACAGUUCUUGCAUAUGGUCAGACAGGAUCAGGAAAGACCUUCUCCAUGGGAGGAACAUACUCAUCAGCUCAAGAGAAUGACCCUUCUGUUGGAGUUAUUCCCCGAGUUAUCAAAAGGAUCUUUGAUGAGAGGGAGAAGAGGACAGACUGUGAUUUCUGUUUGGCUGUGUCAUACUUGGAGAUCUACAAUGAAGAUAUAUUGGACCUGCUGUCUUCAGCUAAAGAUAAAACUCCCAUCAGCAUCCGGGAAGACCCUAAAGAUGGUAUUAAGAUCGUCGGGUUAACUGAGAGGCAGGUGUUUUCUGCCCAUGAGAUGGUUGGGUGUCUGGAACUUGGAAACUCUGCUCGCACUGUGGGCUCCACAGCGAUGAAUGCUGCUUCUUCACGUUCCCAUGCCAUCUUCACUAUCACGCUGGAGCAGCGCAGGGGGGCAGACAAAGUGGAUUCAGUUGUUUCAAAGUUGCACCUUGUGGAUCUGGCUGGUUCUGAGAGACAAAAGAAAACCAAGGCAGAGGGAGAUCGUUUAAAAGAAGGCAUAAGCAUCAAUCGUGGCCUUUUGUCUUUGGGUAAUGUGAUCAGUGCCUUGGGAGAUGAAAGCAAGAAAAACACCUUUGUUCCUUACAGAGACUCCAAGCUCACCCGUCUGCUACAAGAUUCUCUGGGAGGCAACAGCCACACUUUGAUGAUUGCUUGCAUCAGUCCUGCAGACUCGAACAUGGAGGAAACCAUCAACACGCUGCGUUAUGCUGACAGAGCACGCAAGAUUAAAAACAAGCCUGUAGUCAAUGUUGACCCAAGAGCAGCGGAAAUGAACUCCCUGAAAAAACAGGUUCAAGAGCUGCAGGUGAUGCUGCUUCAUGCUUGUGGAGGAGUAGCUCCAGUGCUGUCUGGGACGGAGCCAGCAGGGAAUGUGAGUAAGCUGUUGGAAAGGAACCGCGCUCUGCAGGACGAGAACAAUAAGCUGAGCAGAGAGCUGAGUGAGGCGGCCGGACAGACGGCCCUCAUGUUUGAGAAGAUUAUUAUGACAGAACAAGCAAACGAGAAACUACAAGUCAAGAUGGAACAACUGCGUCAACAUGCAGCAUGUACAGUCAACCUUGAGAAGGUGUUGGAGACACUGGAAGACCAGGAACUGAAAGAGAAUGUUGAGGUGAUGAAAAACCUGCAGGACAUCAUCCUGGAGCUCAAGAACGAGAGCGCCGGCAUCGCCGCCUGCAUCGAUGCCAUGGCUGCAGGAGAGGAUGCAGCCGAGGUCUCUGGAAAUGGCAGCAAGAAUUCAGCAGAUGACUCCCCAGCAGAUGCCACUGGCCUUAAGGACUCCCCAGAGGCAUUUACGACCCAUCAUGCACUGCGGCAAGCCCAGCUCUCCAAGGAGCUGAUUGAGCUCAACAAAGUGUUAAGCUUGAAAGAGGCUUUUGUAAAGAAAAUGUGUGAGAACGACAGCCAGUUGGAGCCGAUGCAGUCAGAGCACCAGAAAAAUGUACAUACUCUGCAGAGUGCAGUGGAUUCACUGCAGAAGGAGAAAGAAGAGCUCGUUUUGGCGCUUCAGUCUGCAAAGAAAGACACCAACCACGCAAAGCUCAGUGAGCAGCGGAGGAAGAGACUACAGGAACUUGAGGGCCAGCUUGUGGACAUGAAGAAGAAGCUGCUUGAGCAGUCCAAAAUGCUGAAAGUCAAAGAAUCCUCUGUUCAGAAAGUUAACAAGCUCAUGCAGGAGAUACAGGCUAUGAAGACUCAGCGUACACAGCUGAUGAGGCAGAUGAGGGAUGACUCUGAGAAAUACAGGCACUGGAAGAGCAAGAAGGACAGGGAGGUACUUCAGCUCAAGGAGAAGGAUCGCAAACGACAGUAUGAACUGCUUAAACUUGAGAGGGAUUUCGAGAAACAGGCCAACGUCCUGCGUCGUAAAACCGAAGAGGCUGCAGCUGCAAACAAGAGGUUGAAAGAUGCUCUACAGAAGAGAAGUGAGGCGGCAGAUAAGCGCAGAGAUGUGCAGAACAAAGGCAUUGAAGGAGCUGCUGCCAGAGUUAAGACUUGGCUUCUCAAUGAAGUGGAGGUGAUGGUCAGCACAGAGGAGGCCCGGCGCCACCUCAACGACCUGCUGGAAGACAGAAAGGUCUUGGCACAAGAGAUCACCCACCUCAAACAGCAGAUAGAGGCCGGGGAGAGACCUGCUCCCAAAAUCAGGCGUCGGACACUGAUCAUUUCUGAGCUGGAGACCCAAGGGGCGCUGGAAACACCUCUGGCCAAACAGGUGGAGAAUCUGGAGACAGAGAUGGGCCUCAGGAACGCCCAGAUAGCUGACCUACAGCAGAAGCUUCUGGCAGCUGACGGUGAGGGACGUUUGAAACAACGGAUAGACAGCAUCACAAGCAUUGUCGAUGCCAAGUGUGCUCUCAGAGUCCUGAUGUCUGAGCUUGUGUCGGCCAAAACAGCCAGUGCCAAGCUGGAGAGCGAGUUGAAACAGGAGAAGGGAAACGCACAAGACUUGAGGAAGAUGAUGGCCGAUGAGAGAAAUGUGAUGUCGACCAUGGACAUGGAGCAUCAGCAGCAGCUGGUGGAACUAGAGCAGAGACAUCAAGAGAAGGUCCUCUACAUUCUUAACCAGCUACAGAACAAACCCAUAUGUGCAGAGUCAGAUGAAACACAGCAGAAAAAUGAAGAGAGUUCAAGGGAGAAGGAGCUUCUUCAGCGUCUCAAAGUUCAGGAAGAAGAACUUGAGAAACUACGGGAAUUAAGUGAGCAGAACCAGAAACUGCUGGAGCAGAACGAACAAUACAGACAGAAACUCUCUUUGCUCCACCUGGCAAGUGGGAAGAAAAUCCUUCUUCCUACGAGCAACAAUGAAAAGAGCCCCGAUGACUCAUUUGAGUACGUCCCUCCAAAACCUAAAACGAAGCGCUUCACCACAGCCAAAGCACCUCUAAGUACAGCCAUCAACAUCGAAGAGCUGAUGUCUCCCAGUGAGGAUGAGAAAGAGGAGGAAGAAGAUGAGUGGCGACCGGAGAAACCAGAGAAGGGACGGAGAAACUCUAAGAAAUCAAAAACUACCGGGUGUGCGUGUAAAGGCCGCUGCAGCAACAAACAGUGCAGAUGCCGCAAAGGGAAGACGACGUGUGGAGAGAACUGCCAGUGUGAUCAUGAGAAAUGUCGAAAUCUGGACAUCCAGGCGCCUGCUGAGGAUGUAAGCCACACAGAGAGCGUGUCCCAGGACUCUGUCUCUCUUCAGGAACCUGCAUCCGCCAGCCCUGACAACACCACCUUCUUCAAGCCGCCAUCUUGCACACCUACAAAGAAGGUGCUUCAAGAAAUAGGGGACAUGGGACACACCACGUCAGACAUGAAGUUGAUCAGGAAACCAAGCUUCACAGAGGAGGAAGAUGAGGAUGAAGAGGAGGAGGACAGAACAACGGUCAGCUUCCUCAAGAAGAAGAAACGCCUCCUAACAAGUUUCCAGAACAGUUUCUUCUCUGGCUGCACUCCCAUCAGAGAGGAAUCGUAGUCAGUAGGCAGAGCUUUUUAAAAUAAGUGUCCAUAUGUUUGGCUAAAUGUUUUCAUCGUUUUUAAAUGACAUUAAUUGUUGUGUACUGUAACUUAAAAGUAGCCGUCGAUUCUAAAACACUUUGUUUUGUCCAUGGAGGAUGAUAGAAGGACUGUGAAUAGCCUUGAUUCUCACACUGAAAUUCACAAUAACUUGAUCAAGAUAUGUGUAAAUAAUUUAGUUGUAUGUGUCAUGAUAUUCCCCCCAAUACUGAGACUAAUUCUACUUCAAUAAAAUUAGCUGGAACAUGCAACAGAGCAGCCUUUAGGUUUUUCAUUGUGCUUUUAGUGUCAGAGCUGAAUAAAGUCUUACAGCCAAAUCUCUCUCCUUUUUUUUCUUAAAUGAUCUUUGUCCAAAUGUCUGAUAUCUCAAGUCAUAGGGUGAAUAUAAAAAAUAAUUGAAUUCAUUUCUAUGUUAGGUUAAAGAUUUUACUGUCAACUCCCUUUAGCUGCUAUUUGUUGUAGGUCUUGUAGUGGGAAUAAUGAAUUAAUAAAAAAAUAAAAUGAAAAGCUUAAAUUGAA